AUGGAUAAGUUGCCCUUGGAAGCUCCUCCUAAUCCAUCCAAGCAUUUCUACGCCCUCAUAAACUACGAGGACAAAUAUGUCCAACCUCUAAUCCUAGACGCACUCAAAACCCAACUCCCUCCCAAUUCCUACACCCUCAUCUCCUCCCUAUCCGACCUCCCCACACCAAGUACACCCUUCCUCCAAAUCGGGGCCUACGAAUCUCUCCCCUUCUCCCACAUCAUGAGCCAUCCCACAACCUCCCUCACAAACGCCUACAUCAUCCGCAAAGCCCUGAUCCGAAAACACUAUCUCAACACCACGCGCGAGAACUGGAUCGCGAAACACCCGUCGUCUAUCCUAGCUACUAACAUAAAGCCCUCGUGUGAUUUCGAACUGGACUACGCGGAGUUUUUGGACGAUGCCUUGGUCGAAGCGUGGGAGCUCAAGGAGAGCUUCGCAAGAAAUGAGGGCAAGGCACCGAGUGAGAGGGAAUGGUGGAUUUUGAAACCUGGAAUGAGUGAUCGUGGACAGGGGAUACGGUUGUUUAGCUCGGAAGAAGAAUUACAAUCGAUAUUCGAAGAAUGGGAGGAGGGACAACCUGAUACAGACGAGGAAGAAGAAGACUCCGAUUUCGAAACGACAAAGAAACCAAAAGAGGAAGAAGAGAGAGAUACAAUUAUGACCUCUCACCUCCGCCACUUCAUCGCACAACCAUACAUCUCGCGUCCCCUCCUGCUCCCCGGCCCCUCCGGCCUCCCCACCAAAUUCCACAUCCGAACCUACGUCCUAGCCUUCGGCUCCCUAAAGAUCUACGUCUACAAACCCACGCUCGCCCUCUUCGCAUCAACACCCUACACUCCACCGACCUUCUCCUCAUCCCCCUCCGAUCUCCUAGCACACUUGACAAACACCUGUCUCCAAUCCUCUUCUUCCAGCACUACUACUCCCUCUUCCCCAACUGCCGCAAAACCCUACAACCCCGUCUCCUCCUUCUGGUCCCUAAACAUCCCGCGCCAAGAUAAAAUCUUCGACCAGAUAUGCGCCCUCACAGGAGACCUUUUCGAAGCAGCCGCCAAAGGGAUGCUCAUCCAUUUCCAGACGUUACCGAAUGCUUUUGAAGUCUUUGGUGUGGAUUUCCUCGUUGAUGAGCUGGGGACGACGUGGCUGCUGGAGGUUAAUGCGUUCCCCGAUUUUGGACAGACGGGGGAGGGGCUUAG